AUCUGGGCUGCUUCAUAUCUCUCUUCUAUCAGAAGGUGGAGCUUGGGAGCUUUAUAUAUUGAAGGAGUGUGGAAUACUUCACUUGCCCUAAGAAGAACCUGCACUUACUGAGGCUUUUCAGCAGACCACCUUCCACUACACAGGAUAACAGUUUAGUAAGACCAUGGCUGGAAAACCAAAGCUUCACUACUUCAAUGGAAGAGGGAGAAUGGAAACCAUAAGGUGGAUGUUGACUGCAGCUGGGAUUGAGUUUGAAGAACAAUACAUUGACUCAAAAGCAGCUCUUGAAAAGUUAAAAAACGAUGGAUGGCUGCUUUUCCAGCAAGUGCCCAUGGUGGAAAUUGAUGGGAUGAAGCUGGUGCAAACACGAGCCAUUCUCAAUUACAUCGCAGGAAAAUACAACCUCUAUGGGAAGGACCUGAAGGAGAGAGCACUGAUUGACAUGUACUGUGAAGGUACUGUAGAUCUCAACGAGGGAAUUAUGUUGCUUCCGUUCAAGCCAGCUGACACCAAGGAAAAGGAGUUACAGACAAUCCUGGAAAAAGCCUCCACCAGAUAUUUCCCAGUCUAUGAAAAGGUGCUAAAAGAUCAUGGACAAGACUUCCUUGUUGGAAAACAGCUUAGCAGAGCAGAUGUUCAACUACUUGAAAGCAUUUUGAUGGUGGAAGAGUUGAAGGGAGACAUUCUCUCAACAUUUCCUCUAUUAAAGGCUUUUAAAGGGAGGAUAAGUAACAUCCCCACAAUUAAGAAAUUUUUGCAGCCUGGCAGUGCACGAAAACCUCCAAUGGAUGAGAAAAUGGUAGCUGAAGCAAUGAAAAUAUUCCACUAAAUUUGGGCUGGGAAUCUGGGGCCAUUCACUACUGUAGAUAGAAAUGUCAACGUUAGAUGGGGCAAUAACUGUAUGUCAAGUGAUUGUAAGGGACUAUAACUGUGCAGGCCUGUAUUUCAGGAUCAAUCCACAUAAUUACAGUGGAAGGAUCAAGAUGUGAGCUUCAAUAGAAAGAUCAGGAUGUGUAAAGAUAAGACUUUGCCAUAAAACUAACCUGAAAUAAAACAUUCUGAACCAAUA